AUGUACGAAGGGAUUGACAACCUGAAAUCCCUUUACGACCGUGCCGGGAAGACUUUCUCCGGCGGUCCUUCUGCGGCACAGGAUGUGUCGCGUCGUACUGCUCGACCAGACCCAGUACGUCAACCAUCAAUUGGGAGCGGGGCUCCCAAGAAUCCCAGGACGGGGGAUAGCCGCGCCACCGGACGAGGUAACUCGUCCGACGUCCGUUCACGUCGCGGUGGUUCAACAGCUGCUCAACUAGAUAGCGCUGGCCACCGCGAGAGUCCUCUAAUGGAGGUGGAGGAGGAGGAAAGACGCUCUCCACACGAUCAUGUGGAUCGGUGUGUUCCCGAGAGCUUCUUUGAUCGCGUAACGCAAGGGUUACGCGACGAUCUCGAGCAUGAGCGGAAUAGGCGUCUCCAGAUGGUGGACACUGCCUUGAAGCAUCGAGCUGAGUUUGCCUUUGCUCAGCUUGAGAACGAGAGAUCUCUGACAUCUCUUCGUGACGAGCUAAGGGUAGCUCGUGGGAUUGUUGAUCGGUCUCGGGCUGAGAUAACUGCUCUUCAGACCCUUGUUGAUGCCCACCAUCGGGAGCACAAGGCUCUCUGCGAGAUGCUUGAGCGCAAGGGCGUUCUUCAUCGGAAGAAGCAGCGUACUGAUGGUACGGCUUAA